AACAAGUAUAAUGAUCUGCCAGUAGAUAUUACACAUCACUAAUUCUAAAACUUUCAAAGGUUGAGGAUCAAACAAAAGCAAAAUUUGUAAAACGGGAUAUUUUGACCAGCUGUUUGAUCAUUAACUAUAAUUAAAAAAAGAUUUCAUAAUUAUAUUCUCUCCAACCCAACUAUAACUCUUUAAAGAAAAAUUCUUCAGCAACGUAAUGUUUUCUUUGAUAUCUCCUAAGCUGCAAGUUCUACAAAUUGUGAUCCUCAUGGGUUUAAUAAUAAGUGGUGGUGAUUCAAAGCCUCUUCUCAAAAGCUCCGCCAUGUCAUCAAAUAAGAAUAUGAUAACCCCAAAUUUAGCUCUAGACCUUUGGAAAAACUAUGUGGAUCUUGAUUUUAAUUUAAUUUAUAAUGAUACUAAAUGGUCUUCUCAAGAUGGUGAAGAAUGGGGUGGGUUUAACUCAAGUAUAAGAGGAAGUAGAUCCAACAGCACAUCCAGUUCUGAAAAGGAGAAAUUUCAGCCUAUUUUCUUAGUGUUCCUGAUAGAAUUGAUCUUGGUCCUGCUGAGCAACCUGUUCACUUUCAUGAUUAGAAGCUACAAGAACUCCAUCCCUCUCGUUAAACUCAAUAUGAUCAUUUUCAUCAGCUACUACAUAGUGGAGUGGGGUAAUUUAGUCUUAUUUUAUCAGGGAUGUUUCAUGAUGUACUGUUCCCUCAUUUCUCAUAUACCUCUGGUCCUUGCUUACUCUAUCAGUUUCAUUUUAAACUACAGUAACCUUGUAGCAGUUGGACUCUUCAUAGAGAUGGCUCUUCUUAGAGUGUACGCUGUUGUCCAUCUAAGUAUUUCUAUAUCUCCAGCAAGAACAUUGUUUUCCUUCCUCAUCCCAACAUAAUUUUUUUUUUUUUUUUGGGGGGGGGGGUCAUGCUUAAUGGACCUGGCUGACAGUUGAACUGUCCCAGUUGGAUAAUUUUGGAUAA